UGUACGUACAGCUGCCUUACUCUGCACUGAAUGCACUGUAGUGAGGCUGGUCUCUCAUUAAACAUAAACUGAUCCUCAUCUUUAAAUACACUGGAAGCUGCAAAUUAUCUCAAGAUCACUUCAGAGGUCUCAUCCAGCAGAAGGUGACGCUAGGAGAUGAUUUAAAGGUGAAAAUGACAAGGUUUCCACCCCUCAAACCUUGGCCACUUUUCUGACAACAGUCGGAGAGCUCUGAUGUCUUCUUUACUCUGGGAAUAGGAUUGGUAACGAGAGCGAGAAUUUUUUCUUCUUCUUCUUCUUCUUUUUUUUUUUUUAAUCCUGAUAAAGAAGAUUAUUGGGAAGCUGUUUUAACAUCUCUCAUUGUGGUACAGAUGGAUUUAAAUAAGUGUUAGAUCUUUCCAAUGAACACUAAUAGAGAGCUCUGCUCUUGGUUGGAUUACUCAGAGAAUGGCAAUGGUCUCUGCAAUGUCCUGGGUCCUGUAUUUGUGGAUAAGUGCCUGUGCAAUGCUGCUCUGUCAGGGGUCCCUCCAUCACACUUUCCAGCAGCAUCACCUGCACAGACCAGAAGGAGGAACGUGUGAAGUUAUAGCAGCACACAGAUGUUGUAAUAAGAAUCGAAUUGAGGAAAGAUCACAAACAGUAAAAUGCUCCUGUCUACCUGGGAAAGUGGCUGGGACAACAAGAAACAGACCUUCCUGUGUUGAUGCUUCGAUAGUGAUCGGGAAGUGGUGGUGUGAGAUGGAGCCGUGCCUAGAGGGGGAAGAAUGUAAGACGCUGCCUGAUAAUUCUGGAUGGAUGUGUGCAACCGGCAAUAAGAUCAAGACCACCAGAAUUCACCCAAGAACCUAACAGAGUCUUCUGGAUGGCUGCAAUGAAAGCACCGCUGAUUUAGAGGACAAAGCGUUAAAAGUUUAAACCAUCUCAACAUUUACAAGCCAAAUGGAUUUCUUAUUUGCACUUUUGACUGUUUACCACAUAAUAACAGUGGCUUUACUGUCUGAAAUAAAAUCUUCUGUGGAAGUAAUGUCCCAGAUUUUUGACAACAGAAACGGAAAAACAGAACAAAAAACCCGAAGAAAAUGGUUCUUUUGGUAAAGUUUGCGUGACUACGAAGUACGGACACGAUCAGAUCUACUGUUUAUACUAUUUAAAAGUAUCUAUAAAUAUAUAAAUAUAUGAUAUUUUGAAAUAAAGCCUCAAUCUUCAAGAAACUGAAUAGUACCACACUUUGCUGCAGCUGCUGUAGUACAUUUUUUUUGUAACGGCCUGGAAGACGCCUACCAGUUUCAGAGAGAAAUAUGGCAGUAAAAAAGGGAAAGCAAACCUGCUGCAGUCUGAGGACGCCUAGAGCUAAGAGUCCUACCGAGGCAUCAUCGGGAGCUUCCUUUCUUUUUUUCCAAUGGGAUAUCGGAGGAAUUGCAUUCUUACAUUUUCUUGUAUUCUGGAGGCUUUUUUCCCCUUGUGCAAUACUAGCAUGCUGGCUUUGCUUACAUAACCAUACUUUAUACUUAAUUGAUAUAUAACAGUGAUGAUUCUAUCCUCUUCCAAGAAAAUAUUUUUAGAGCUAUUAGAUAUUCCAUGAAGAAGAGAAGGACACCUGUCGAGUAAAGUACAGUAUGUAUUCAGAGUUUCUUUGGCAGAGUUUGGGGGCUCCCGUCUUAUUGAGGAUGUUCUGUACAUGCAAUGUCUUCAGACUUUGUAUAGCUGGUAUAGACUAUAGUAAAAACCCGAUUACUAACUCCAGAGUUUUGCAUUGUUUGCUCGCUAAUUCUUCAGAACAAGAGCUUCUUUUGGUUUUUAACAGUUGCUUAAAGAAGAGUCAGGUGUUGGCAUACGGUUUGAUUCUUCCUAAAGGAGCAAGUUGCUAUAGCCCGUAGUCCUUUCUACACACAAAUUUGCAUCAUUUCAUUAAAUGCGUUGAAACCUGGUUGGGCACUUUUAUUUCAGUUUGGUUUAACCCUGCCACUAAUCAGCUUAAGCUUAACCGAAGUAAGGCAAUCUUAAACUGAAAUCACAAGUUUGGAACCAGUUAACUAAAUUGUUUUAAAUAGCCACUUUUUUGUUAAAUCGCUGCAGCUCUCUGUGUGGGCAGGCCCUCGCGAACGAUGAGGAUAGGAAUAAAAAGCUAAGGGGAGAAGUGUGAAAGCCCACAUUGUGUUUGCGAAUGUGAGGCUCCCCAUUGAUUUUAGCAGGCGUAUUUGGGCGGAAAAGCACUUGCCAACCUGCAUCAAGGCUGCGCGGUCUAGCCUUCGGUCCUUCCAGUGCUGCCAACCUGAAGAGUACAAAAGUUCAGACCUUUUUUUUUUUUCCCCUCCCUACCAGCCCAACUUCUCUUCUUUAACAUUUCCAAUUUCCUUUCACCUGACUUACCUCUCUCUCACAAAGCCCCCAGGGCCAUGCUAAUCAGUCUUAAUCCAGUGCAGAGUGAAAACGGGGAACGGUAACCUACAGCCAGUCAGAAAUUCUCCCACCGACUUUUUUCCUCCUCCCGGGCAGCACUUCAACACCUGGUAUUUCAGAAGGUAUACAUUUGUCACUGUAAUUGCAAUGUACAUUGAAGUAGCUGUGCAGAGUGUCAUGCCGGAUUCCACACGUGCUUCAUAGGCUGGUACUGUGAGUGUUACGGCUCCAAAUAAAAAUGGAUAUUUUGCUUCAGAAGGAGUAUUUUAUUACUCUCCCUUUUAAAAAGAUGUUGCUGUGAGAUCAAAAUAGGCUUGCAAAUCUGUUGCUUCACCUUUUCGGGAUCAGCUGUGUGUGGGAGAUGCUAGGUAAGAGAGGGAGAGUGUCUUGAACCGGAUGAUUUCCCACCAGACCACACAGAUCAGCUGUGCUGGGGCCUCUUGUACGAUGGUAGUAGUGUGCCUCUGUGCCAUGGGUGGGGAUUUGUACCCUGUCUCCUGUUCAGUCUUCAAAGAAAUCCCAGCAUUUGGGUUUAGUGCUGGGUCCUGGCCUCAGCCCUGAGGAUAUCUCCUGAUAGGGAUGUUUCCCAGACCUGGGUCAUUGGGACUGAUUUCAGUCUCAGGCACUGCAGUAUAAAUGAAAAGUAACUCUCCUUAAGUAACUCAUUAUCAUGCACGUCUAUUAUGGUUGCACCUUGGAGCCCCGACUGCAAAUAGGACCCCAUAGCGAUUUACAAUGUACAUAUAGGGUCCUCCAAUUGUUUGGAUGACCUCAGGCAGAGCACUGUUGAUUCCAGUAACCAGCAACUCUAACAAAUGGUGGCACAGUAAAAUCAGCAAAGUAAAAAGCCUGUGCAUAGUCUCUUCAAAAAUACUCUGUACAGUUGUCAUACUUAGUUAUAUUUUACUCACUUAUUGCAAUAAACUCAACAGCCUAGAUGAAGAGUAAAGAUGCAUGCAGGCGGGCAUUGUGAACUGAAGCAGACUUGAUUUGAAUAGCUGGUGGAGAAAACCUUGCACGCAUAGAUUAUGGUUGGAGAUACUGAUUCUAAUAAGUGGCUGAUUCUAUAAAGCAAGAUGCAAAUAAACAGCAGAAAUUGCAUUUAAAAUGCUUUUUGGCAUUUGGUUUGAGGGAUUUGAUUUCAAUAUGCAGCCAGUUCUAUUAACUGAGCAUCUAAUAAGCAAUGGACAGCACAGCACGUAAAAGACGGUCCCUGCGCUGGAUAAAAUGAGGAGACAUUAUCCCUGUUUACAGGUGGGGAAUUGAUGCACAGAGAGAUUAAACCAGUGACCACAAGUCAACAGCAAUAUAUAUAUAUAUAUAUGUAUUGCUAUUGUAAGAUACUCCAUCCCCAUUCAGGUCAUGUCAUACAGGCCUAUGACAUAAGAUAUAUA